GACGCGUCCUGAGAGAUGAGGAAGAAAGAUGGCGGCCAGCGCGAUGUCGAUGUGUCAGUUUUGGAAACGCUUUGACUUGCUGCAGUUGCAGAGAGAGCUAGACAGCACUGCCACACUACUGGCCAGCCGGCAGGAUGACAGCGAACAGUCCAGGAAAAAGCUCAUUGACCAGAGCCGUGAAUUUAAGAAGAACACGCCAGAGGAUCUGAGGAAGCUUGUGGCUCCGCUGCUGAAGAGUUUUCAGGCUGAGAUUGAUGCGUUGAGUAAGAGGAGUAAAGAGUCAGAGACGGCCUUCCUAAAUGUCUAUAAACGGCUGAUCGACGUGCCAGAUCCAGUGCCGGUCUUGGAGUUGUCACAGCAGCUGCAUCAGAAAGUUCAGCGGAUGAAUGACAUUGAUACAGAGAACCAGAAACUGCGUGAGACGCUCGAGGAAUAUAACAAAGAGUUUGCUGAGGUCAAGAACCAGGAGGUCACCAUUAAAACACUGAAAGAGAAGAUCAGGGAGUACGAGCAGAGCAUGAAGAACCAGGCCGAGAAUCUGGCUUUGGAGAAACAACAACAGAUUCAUAAAGACUACACAGAGAAAGAGAGGAGGUUACAGGAGUCGCAGGAGUCUUUGGUGUGUAAACUACAGGAAGCUGAACUCAAAGCCCAGACCCUGCAGACAGCACUUGAACGAACUCAGACGGAGCUUUUUGAUCUGAAGGCAAAAAAUGAUGAAGAGUCAACUGCAAAGGCUGAUGAGAUUGACAUGGUGAUGAUCGAUUUGGAGCGAGCCAAUCAGAGAGCAGAAGCUGCUGAGAGGGAAGCUGAAGCUCUUCAAGAACAGCUCAUGCUUGCUAGCAAAUCAACCCAGCUGCCAACACGCACUGACAAAACUCCAUAUGCGGACGAGUGUGUGGAUCUGGUGCCGCGCUCCAGUCUGGAGGCUGAGCUCAGUGCGAAGGACCGCGAGAUGCUUCAGCUGGUGGAGGAUGUUCAGAGACUGCAGGCCAGCCUCUCCGCUCUCAGAGAAAACACACACACACAGAUCAGCCAAUUACAGCAGCAGCUCACCAUGAAGACCACUGCGCUCACGCAACUGGAGGAAAAGCUGCAGACGCAGGCAGACUAUGAGGAGGUGAAGAAAGAGUUCAGUAUCCUGAAGUCGAUGGAGUUUGGUCCGCGUGAUGGCUCCGCAGUGCAGGAUUCUAGUAAACCACUAGAGGUGUUACUGCUGGAGAAGAACCGCAGCCUGCAGUCUGAGAAUGCAUCUCUGCGCAUUGCUAACACUGAGCUGAGUGGCCGCUAUGCGUCUCUUCAGAUGGAGUUUUCCACUGCUGUGCAGACCAGCUCAGAUCAGAAAGAGCUCAUCCUCAAACUGGAACAGGAUCUCAGCACCAUCCAGACAAUGUCACGACCUGAUGCUGAGGGUGCAGACACCAGUGCAGUGAUUGUCCCUGAACCUAUUAAAGAGGCCACAGCACUAUUCUCAGGUAUGAGCGGCUCCCCUCAGACGGAUCAGGGUCAGAUGGACUCUCUGCUCUCCAUCAUCUCCAGCCAGAGGGAGAGAUUUCGCUCUCGUAAUCAGGAGCUGGAGGCGGCGAACAGCUCUCUACAGCAGACCCUGCAGGCUCUUCAGAGUGAGCUGGACAGUCUGCGGGCCGACAACAUCAAGCUCUACGAGAAGAUCAAGUUUCUCCAGAGCUACCCUACCAGAGCUGGAGACAGCGAUGAUACAGUUAUGCGUUACUCGUCUCAGUAUGAGGAGAGACUCGACCCCUUCUCCUCCUUCAGCAAAAGGGAGCGUCAGAGGAGAUAUCAGAGCCUCAGCCCAUGGGACAAGGCCACGCUCAGUCUGGGACGUGUGAUCCUGUCUAAUAAGACGGCUAGAACGAUUGCGUUCUUCUAUACGCUGAUGCUGCACUGCCUCGUCUUCCUGGUGCUGUAUAAAGCCGCCUGGAGUGAGAGUAUCGGCCGUGACUGUGCUGCAUUUUGUGCCAAGAAGUACUCGGACCAUCUGCACCGUUUCCAUGAGGAGGGAGACUUGUGGCAGUAGCUGCUUCUGUCCACUAGAGGGCAGCAUUCACAUACAUCACGCUUUUACGACAGGUUUAUCAAAGAUAGUCAUUACGUUAUUAGUACAGGGACCAAGUUUUGUUUGGUCGUAUUCUGGGUUAAUUAUUAUUGAAACUAGGAGAAGGUUUAAAGAUGCAGUUUUGCAGGUGAUUUUUCUUUACUGUCUAUUUCAUUUGACUGACUCAAUACAGCUUUAACACUCCUGAGGGUGAUCUGUUGCUCCAGAUUCUAACAUUCAUCAGAAACACAUACCGCAGGUUAUGGUUGAUUUAAACAGUUAGACACCGAGCGUCUGACUCAAUAUCUGUAUUUCUUUAUUUUGUAUACAUAUAUUCAGCUGAUAUGGGUCUGAUGGAUUUAGUCUCUUUAAAUUAAAUGAAAACUUUCA